UGUCCUCGCCGCGCGCCCGCCUCUGGGUCGCAGCCGAGCUCGCUGCCUCUCGCAGCCAGCCGCCGCCUCCGCUGUCGGGCCUCGGGCCGUCGCCCACCGGCGGCUCGCGAAAGGUACCAGGGCAGGCGCUGUCCAGCCCAGGGCCGGGGCACAGACGUGAGGGACGAGGCGCGGGGACGUCCUGGCGGCCACCAUGGUGGCCACGUGCCUGCAGGUGGUGGGCUUUGUCACGAGCUUCGUGGGCUGGAUCGGCAUCAUCGUGACCACAUCCACCAAUGACUGGGUGGUGACCUGCGGCUACACCAUCCCCACGUGCCGCAAGCUGGAUGAACUUGGCUCCAAGGGGCUGUGGGCUGACUGUGUCAUGGCCACGGGGCUGUACCACUGCAAGCCUCUGGUGGACAUCCUCAUUCUGCCGGGCUACGUGCAGGCCUGCCGAGCCCUGAUGAUUGCUGCCUCAGUGCUGGGGCUGCCGGCCAUUUUGCUGCUGCUGACGGUUCUGCCCUGCAUCCGAAUGGGCCACGAGCCUGGUGUGGCCAAGUACAGGCGAGCCCAGCUGGCUGGUGUUAUGCUCAUUCUGCUGGCUCUCUGCGCCAUCGUGGCCACCAUCUGGUUCCCUGUGUGCGCCCACCGUGAGACCACCAUCGUGAGCUUUGGCUACUCCCUGUAUGCGGGCUGGAUUGGUGCUGUGCUGUGCCUCGUGGGCGGCUGUGUCAUCCUCUGCUGUGCCGGGGAUGCCCAGGCAUUUGGUGAAAACCGUUUCUACUAUUCUUCGGGCUCCAGCUCCCCGACUCACGCCAAGAGUGCCCACGUAUAAGAGGGCGGGCGGGCUGCCCAUGGAGGUGCUGUUGAUACUGGGCCUAUGGCCCUACGUUUGCUUGCCACAGUGGGGGAAAGCCCACUCCUCUGCCAGGCUCUAAAGCCAAAGGUCUAGAAAAGCAUCCUGUCUGGCAUUUCGUAGUCUUAACCCCGUCCCCCCAUCUUUUGGUUGCCUUAAAAGAGAUCUCUAGCUCAUAUAAUGCCCUCACGUGUUUCUUAUGGCGUUGCCCACUAUUAGCUCUUUUCUUGGGCAUCCCUUUGUUUUUUAUUAAAAAGAUUAUGUGUAUAUAUUUUGUUUCUCUCUAAAUUUUAAAUGUCUUGCAAACAUUGCUGAGUUGGGUGGGGGUGGGGAAGAGAAAUAAAAGACACUUUUCAAACUGUUACAGAUGACAAUGGGAGCCUCAUAAAGAUGCCUCUCUGUUUCCUCCCCCCUCUUCAGUUCCAAGGUCAUUUACUUAGAGGAGAUACACAAAGAUGGAAUUGGGGACAUGGGGUGGGAGAGGGAGGGGAAUCGUUGGAACUUUCUCUUCAUGGGAAAGUUUCCCUUUUGUAAGUUGAGGGCAAGCGUGGGGAUAUUUUUUAGUUUAUGAUUUUACAUUUUAUCUGUACAUACUUUUUCAAGAUUGAUCAUUUUUAUAACCAUGGUUUUCCUGAAAUUCUCAAUUUAUCAGUAUGAAGGAAAUGAUCCAACUAGACUUCAAUUAUGCAAUAAAUAACAGUACAAGUGAGUAUAACUUUAACAGACAUUCCACAAAAUAUUUUUUUCAGAUUUGUAUGAUAUGGUUUUUAACACUACAUUUUCCUAUGCUUCAACUUACAUUUUUAAAGCUUUUUUCCCUUUCCCUCUCUAUUUUCACUCUGUGAGCCAUCUUGAAGUGAUGUUGUUUAACAUAAAUUGUACUGUUGAAUUUGGCUUUACGGUUGUAAACACUGAUGGUAUAUCAGUAUCUGAGACCCCAAACUCUCCAAACACUGAUGGUGCAUUUUGUUCUUUAAAUGAAAUCUGUGCAAUAAAAUAACAGACUGUCUGCAAAA